AUGACUGCCGGCGACAAUGUUUCAGAAGCUAUACAAAUAAUGCAAUUAAAAUUACAAAUUGAACAAGAACAAACAAAACGAGAAAAAAUAAAAACAAAAGCCAUACUAGAACAAGAAAAAACAAAACAAUUAGAACUUGAGGAAAGAAAAAGAAAAAGCACAAAAGAAAUCGAAGAGUCAAAGCGAAUGAAAAUUCUAAACGAACAAUCAUCAUCAAGCAAAAAAAAACGUUUCAAAGCAGCAAUGCAUAAUCGUGGUUUUUUCGAUAUUUAUGCACGUAAUAAUGUUCAGCUGCUCGAAAUUCAAUCUUUAUUAAAUGUUAAUAAUAAGAUUAACGAUGAUAUGAUGUAUGCUCUUGAAAAGUGUUUUCUUCCUUUGAAAUUAUGUGAUAAAAAAUUAGAAAGCUCAAUUCAAGCUGCAUUUGAUAUGUCACUAAAUAAUUUAUUUAACGAACUUAGUGAUUUGACAUCAUUGAAAUAUUUAAACACAUCACAUUGUUGUUAUUUAGAAGGAAAAGCUCCUGAUUGUAGUUUUGUAUUCAAAAAUAUUAAUAUCCUCAAGGACAACCAAAUUGUAGUUUUAAAAGAUUUUAUUGUUUGCCUUGGUGAAUUAAAGAGAUUAGAUGGAAACAUUGUCAAGGAAGAUCCAGUUGGACAAGUAUCACGUUAUCUGAAUUAUAUAUUAGAUGAACAAAAUCGUGAAAAAAUCUAUGGAUAUUUGACAAAUGCAGAACAAAUUAUAUUUUAUUGUCUUCAAAAGAAACCAAUGUCAGAUUUAUAUGAUUAUUAUGAAAGUAAACCAUUAGAUUUUUUUAUUGACUUGCCUAAAACGUCAUCAUCAUCAUCAUCAUCAUCAUCUGUUGCUGCAAAAAAAAAAAGUAAACAAUCGAAUAAAAUCCAUUUGAAUAGUGAUACAUUGAAAGUAUUUAUAAAAUUUUUAACAAUGGAUUGGGAGUUUUAUGGCUGCACAAUGUUAAAUAUAAGUCCUAAUGAUCGUUUACAUGAAGAUAUAUUUAACAUAGAAUCAAAAGCAGGAAGCGGUUUAACUUCAAUUGUUUAUGUUUUAAACCAAAAUACAAAUGUCAAUACUGAUCAAAAGCGCUAUGUAAUAAAAAUCUCCAAACACGAUGAAUAUUCAAAUUAUUUUAAAAAUGAAGUUAAAAUGUUAGAACCAUUGAAACAAUCAAAUGAUUCAAUUAACUUCAAAAAAUAUUUUGAAAAUAUUUUCGCAUCAUCGCCUACAGGUAAUUUUAUAAUAUUUGAAAAUUAUUUGACACCUUUGAAUUCAUUAACAUUAAUUCAGUCACAACAACUUAUUAAUAUCAUUGAAUAUUUAUAUAAUUGUCAUAUUAUUCAUCGUGAUUUACGUCCAGAUAAUUUGAUGUUAGAUUUUAGUCAACAACAUUUAAAAUUAAUUGACUUUGGUUUUGCUACAACUUAUGAAAUCGAUGAAAUGCCAAAGAAACUGCCUAUUGAAGGAGUAGUUUCAUAUGCUGGCUUAAAAUUUCUAGAUUAUUAUUACGAAUUACUAUCGAAUCAUUCAAAUACUUUCUAUUAUUAUUAUGAACGAACGUUUGAUCUACAAUGUGCAAUAAACAUUAUGAUGUAUCUGACAGAUGAUAACAUUAAAAAUAGAAUGAUAUCAAUUAAACAAGACUUGUGUGUUAAAUCAAAAGUAUUAAAAUUAUAUCAAUUAUGGCUUGAUAUAACACUUAGGAGUGACAAUUGUUCUGAAUUAUUAAAGUUAAUUAAAUCUUUAAAAGAAUCACCAAAUUUUGAUGUUAUCAAAUGUGAAAUAGAAAAACGUCUAGUAUUUGUAAAUUAA